GAUAACCCCCAAUUUCGCCGCGCAGACAAUUUCUCACGCCAGACCAGCUGCCAGAGACCUUUUCCUUUCGUUUGUUCUCGAAGACUACCGGCCGAACAGCUCUCGCGCGGCCCGUCAACUGCUGUUUACCGGCACAUUCCUUUGUCGCGAUGAUGUGAGGAACGCCGCGAUCUGCUACCCAAAUCUCUCUCUCGAUCCCGCCCGAGCCGCUUCCUGCCGACACGCCGGACACUCUUCACAUUCUCUUAGGCAGAGAUAGACAAAGAAAACAUCGCUAGCGCACAUCGACGCGCAGACGCAAAACAUGGAGGGCGCCUUCACACACGUGGGCAACCACCUCAUUUCCGACUCAGCUGCUGCCAUCAACGCCGGGGCCGACGAUCUUUCUGCGCUCGACCCCGACGAGAGCCUGCUCUACGGCCAGUAUGGAGCUGGCCCCAGCAGCCGACGACGAGCCGACGACGACGACAACCAAACCGAAGCAUUCGAGGACGAUGACAAUGAUAGUCUCAACAGCGUCCCCGUGGAUGGCAUGAUGGGUCUGAAACUGAAGAAUGCCGAAGAGGAGAAGCAGCUCCCCCCGCACGCGUGCGCGUACUGCGGUAUUCACUCUCCAGCCUGCGUCGUCAAGUGUUUGACUUGCAACAAGUGGUUCUGCAGCGCUCGGGGCAACGGCACUUCCACCCAUAUCGUCAACCACCUCGUGCGAGCGAGACACAAGGAAGUGCAGCUACAUCCCGAGUCGGCUCUUGGGGACACGGUUCUGGAAUGCUACAACUGCGGAACCAAGAAUGCCUUCUUGCUUGGCUUCAUCCCGGCCAAGUCUGAUACCGUCGUCGUUCUGUUGUGCCGCCAACCUUGCGCCGCAAACUCCUCGAACAAGGAUAUGAACUGGGACGUGUCGCGCUGGGAACCCCUGAUUGAGGAACGAGCGUUUCUGCCCUGGCUCGUCGCGGCCCCCUCCGACGCGGAGCAGCUUCGGGCUCGUCACCUGUCGCCAAACACGAUCGCCAAGAUGGAGGAGAUGUGGAAGAUCAACGCGAACGCGACCCUGAUGGACCUUGAGAAGGCGUCCAACAUGGACGAAGACCCCGAUCCCGUGCUUCUUCGCUACGAAGAUCCGUACCAUUAUCAAAACGUCUUUGGGCCUCUCGUUAAAAUGGAGUCUGACUACGACAAGAAGCUCAAGGAGGCGCAGUCAGAGGACGGUCUCAUUGUACGCUGGGACUAUGGUCUCAACAACAAGCAUCUCGUCAGCUUCAACUUGCAGAAGAUUGAGUCGGGCGACGUCAAGCUUGCUGUUGGCGACGAAAUGAGGCUUCGAUACAACGGCGAGCUGCGCGAUCCUUGGGAGGGUGUCGGCUAUGUCAUCAAGAUCCCCAACAGCCAGUCCGAUGAGGUCUGCCUGGAGCUGCGCAAGGCCGGAAAUGACAAGCUGGUCCCGACCGAUCUCUCGCACAACUUCUCGGCCGACUAUGUUUGGAAGGCGACUUCUUACGACCGGAUGCAGCUUGCAAUGAAGAAUUUCGCCAUUGACGACAUGACCGUGUCGGGCUACCUCUUCCAUGUUCUGCUCGGCCGCGACGUUCAGCUGCAGCCGAUGAAAGCGACCCAACCUAAGAAGUGGUCUGCUCCUGGGCUUCCUGAUCUCAACCAGAGCCAGGUGGAUGCCAUCAAGUCGGUGUUGCAGAAGCCCAUCAGCCUCAUCCAAGGUCCUCCAGGCACGGGCAAGACGGUUACGUCAGCAACCAUCAUCUAUCACCUGGCCAUGACGACAAAGAACCAAGUACUCGUCUGCGCCCCGUCCAACGUCGCUGUCGAUCAGCUUUGUGAGCGCAUUCACCGCACCGGUCUGAAGGUAGUCCGCUUGACGGCGAAGUCUCGCGAGGACGUCGAGUCGUCCGUCAGCUUCCUGGCGUUGCACGAGCAAGUUCGCAUGGCGGAGCACAACACGGAACUCGUUAAGCUGUCGCAGCUCAAGAACGACGUCGGCGAGCUGUCCAGCCAGGACGAGAAAAAGUUCAAGCAACUGACGAAGCUUGCGGAGCGCGAAAUUCUCCAAAACGCCGACGUUGUGUGUUGCACGUGUGUCGGCGCGGGUGACCCUCGUCUCUCCAAGAUGAAGUUCCGCAACGUUCUCAUCGACGAGUCCACGCAAUCUGCCGAGCCAGAAUGCCUGAUCCCACUCGUUCUAGGCUGCAAGCAAGUCGUUCUCGUUGGCGACCACAAGCAGCUAGGCCCCGUCAUCAUGAACAAGAAGGCCGCCAAGGCGGGCCUGAACCAGUCCCUGUUUGAGCGCCUCAUUAACCUCCAGCUUUCGCCAAUCCGACUCACGACGCAAUACCGAAUGCAUCCUUGCCUCUCCGAGUUCCCAUCCAACAUGUUCUACGACGGAGCCCUGCAGAACGGCGUUACGCACGAGCAACGUAUCCGAAAAGAUGUGGACUUCCCCUGGCCCGUGGCAGAGAUGCCCAUGAUGUUCUGGUCCAACCUGGGACAUGAGGAAAUCUCGACAUCGGGGACCUCGUAUCUUAAUCGCACGGAAGCUUCCAACGUGGAGAAGACCGUUACCCGAUUCUUUAAAGCGGGUGUCAAGCCUAGCGAGAUUGGUGUCAUCACGCCGUACGAGGGUCAACGGAGUUACGUUGUGACAACCAUGCAGAAUUCUGGGCAGUACAAGAAGGAGCUUUACAAGGAGGUCGAAGUCGCCUCCGUCGAUGCCUUCCAGGGGCGAGAGAAGGAUUUCAUUGUUUUGUCUUGUGUCCGAUCGAACGAGAACCAGGGCAUUGGCUUCUUGUCCGAUCCUCGUCGCCUCAACGUGGCUUUGACCCGUGCCAAGUACGGUCUGGUCAUCUUGGGAAACCCCAAGGUUUUGUCCAAGCAUGAACUUUGGCACAACCUGCUGGUCCACUUCAAAGAUCGCAAGUGCUUUGUCGAAGGCCCAUUGACCAACCUGCAGGCCUGCUUGCUGCAAUUCAGCCGACCCAAGGUCAGCUAUCGGCAAAAGAACAACUACCAGUCCCAAUUCGGGGCCGGAGGCUAUGCCAACGGACGACACAACGGCGCGCCACCAGGCCGCGACUUCAAUGAUGCCGGCUCCAUGAUGUCCUAUAUCCCCGACGACGUGUCGUCGAUCCAGGGCUCCGCGUUCGGCGGCGCCAACUUGAACUCGGCAUUCCCGCCCAUGUUUUCCAGCUUCACGCCGGAACACUGGCCGGGGCUUCCUGGGGUGCCCGCUCCAGGUCGGGGCGGCAAGAGCCGCGGCCGGGCGACGGAGAGCAUUGCCGGGGAGAGUGUUGCAAACUCGGAGCUGACGGAUGCGACAUCGAGCAUCUUGGGCGGCAAGGGUGUUGGACAGGGCGGCGUUAGCCUCGGCGCCGGGCUCCACGAUGCCGUGACAGGAAUGCGGCCGGUGUCAUACACGCAGAGCGACCGCUUGAAGCAGUACGUCGAAAGCAAUGGGCGCAUGGCACCCGGAAGCGGGUACGGACGCCGAUACGACGACGAUGAAAAGAGCGUCAGCACAGCGUUUCACAGCCAGAUUGGCGGCGGCUACGACUGAGGGACCCGACGACAAGGCGACGAACGAGAAUGUGAUCGAAUAACUUUGCUACGUGACGAGCUCAGCUGGAGCAUCGCCCGUGGGUGGAUGCUGAAGCAGCUGCCGCCGCGGCCAUGGGCCUAGGUGGCACGCAUAGGCAGGGACAGCCUCACGACGAGACCUGGCCUCGCGGCUUGUCGCCAUCUGGCGGUCGGUUUCGUACAGAAUGGUUCCAGACGGUGGACUGCUCUGCCCGAGUCCAAAGUCCAACGUCUCGUCAAUGCCGCGACGCCAGCCGACAGACGAAUAGAGUUGGCAGGGGAUGCUUCCCGUCAGAGACAAGCUGCCUCACUCCCCACUUGGUGAUUGAGAUUUUGGAAGUCGCUGAAGGAGCUGGCACGGACUCGCCGCGCAGGACUCGAGACGGCUGGGUUAGAUGAGCGGCACUGCUGGCAAGCACUCUAGCAAGCACACGUCGGCCCUGCAUAUCAGCAGGACGGCUCGAGGCCGAGGGAGGAGAGCCUGAUGGCAUCAAAAUGGUGGGUGGUUGGGUGGGUGGUUGGAUGGAUGGCAAGACACAGUCGGCGGUGACGCCGCCUUGAUCGCUAUCGCCUCCACCAUCUGCUUGCAAGCUGAACCGCCUUUGAAAAGUUGAUUUACGCCUGACCCCAAUACACUCAUUUACAGUAGAUAGAUGCGAAUUGACCAAAGUCGCUCCUUGCUGG